AUGCUAAUACAUACUGAAAAAGUCACGGCAGAAAUUUCUAUUCGGCAACCGUCACCAAGAACAUAUCCAUCAAUGAAAGUUACUAAAUCUGAUAUUACUUAUGAUAAUGCUGAAACAAAGCAUGAGCCAUUAUCUAUUGAUACUAAUCAAAGUAAUAUUGAUAUUAAUUCGACAACAAUUAUUUUAGAUCAUGGUCAACCAUUAGUAAUUAACUUUGAAGAAAAAUAUCUAAUUGAUAUUAAAUAA